UCUUUCAGAGGCUUAACUUACAAAAGCAGCGGGGUAGACAUCACAGCAGGGAAUACUUUGGUUCAGAAAAUUAAACCCUUAGCUGCAGCCACAUCAAGAUCAGGUUGCAAUGCAGAGCUUGGAGGGUUUGCUGGCCUCUUUGACUUGAAAGCAGCUGGUUACAAAGAUCCUAUCUUGGUAUCUGGAACUGAUGGUGUUGGCACAAAACUCAAGGUGGCGCAGGCGUGUAGGAAACACGACACCGUCGGGCAGGACCUGGUGGCCAUGUGCGUCAAUGACAUCCUGGCUCAAGGAGCAGAGCCCCUCUUCUUCCUUGACUAUUUUGCCUGUGGCAAACUGGACGUGGACGUGGCGCAGGGAGUCGUUGCAGGCGUAGCUGAAGCCUGCAAAAAGGCGGGAUGUGCCCUCCUGGGAGGAGAAACUGCCGAAAUGCCAGGCAUGUAUCCGCCGGGGGAGUACGACGUGGCCGGCUUCGCCGUCGGCGCGGUGGAGCGAGGGCAGAUGCUGCCCCAGCUGGACAGAAUCGCCGACGGGGAUGCGGUUAUCGGGGUAGCUUCUUCCGGGGUCCACAGCAACGGGUUUAGCCUCGUCAGGAAGAUUGUGGAAAAGUCAUCGUUGGAUUUCUCCUCCCUGGUCGGCGUCGCUGGUGAUCAGACAUUAGGAGAACUCUUGCUAACCCCAACAAGGAUCUACAGUAAGACUCUGCUGCCCAUCCUUCGCUCGGGCCAUGUGAAAGCCUAUGCCCACAUCACUGGAGGGGGCUUGCUAGAGAACAUCCCCAGAGUCCUGCCAGAGUCCCUGGGUGUCGUUUUAGAUGCUCUUAACUGGAAGAUCCCUGAAAUCUUUAGCUGGCUCCAUAAAGAAGGGAACCUCUCUGAGGAAGAGAUGGCUCGGACGUUCAAUUGUGGGAUUGGCGCAGUCCUGGUGGUGCAGAAGGAGCUGGCUCAGCAGGUCCUCCAGGACAUACAGAGACAUGAGGCAGCCUGGUUGAUUGGGAAAGUUGUCUCCCUACAAAAAGGCUCUGCCAGUGUUAAGGUCCAUAAUCUGCUCCAAGCCUUGCAAGCAAACAGGUCACUGACGGUGCAGAGCCAAAUCCAAAGCAAAAUCCAAGCAAACAAAGUGAAGGUUGCUGUCCUCAUCUCUGGAACAGGCACAAACCUAGAAGCUCUCAUAAAUAGCACAAAGAAGCCCACCAGUUUUGCACAAAUAGUUCUUGUUGUUUCCAAUAAAGCUGGUGUGGAAGGGCUACGGAAAGCUGAAAGAGCUGGUAUUCCUACAAGGGUUAUUGACCAUAAAGCGUAUGAAAGUCGCACUGAAUUUGACAAAGCAGUUGACAAAGUCCUUGAAGAAUUCUCAGUUGAAUUGAUCUGCCUCGCUGGAUUUAUGCGAAUACUCUCUGGUCCCUUUGUCAAAAAAUGGGAUGGAAAAAUCCUGAACAUCCACCCCUCUCUACUGCCUUCUUUUAAGGGAGCAAAUGCCCACAAAUUGGUGCUAGAAGCUGGAGUCCGAGUCACAGGCUGCACUGUACACUUUGUAGCUGAGGAGGUGGAUGCCGGCGCUAUCAUCUUCCAGGAGGCAGUGCCCGUGCAGGCUGGCGACACGGAGCAGACGCUGGCGGAUCGCGUGAAGGAGGCCGAGCACCGGGCCUUCCCCGCCGCCCUGCAGCUCGUGGCCAGCGGCGCCGUGUGCGUGGGCCCAGACGGCAAGAUCUGCUGGAAGCAGGAGCAGCCGCCCGGCCAGGGUCCCCAGGGGGGACAAGGGGCACGAAGGAAUUGA